AUGAUCUACAAUACAACGGACAGCAACAGCCGAUUCAGCAACCACAACUACAACAAUAUUUAUAAUGACAAUAACUACAUUUUUGACAACAUUGAUCAUGAUAUCUUAAACAACGUACUUGCCGUCAACAACCACAACAACGACAUUAAUAACAACAGUAACAACAAUAACAAUGACAAGAACAUAUUCUCGUCAUACAUGUCCCAUCUUUUCAACCCACAGCGGAAAAAAUCUGCCAAGCACGGAAGUUUGAGCCUCGGAAUUUUCAAACUCACCCAAAUUUUAUCAGACUUUAACAACAUUCUCUCGUUAUUCGAUUUUGAUUCUGGUCAGUCCGGAUCAGACUCAAUCCGGCAACAAAGCGGAAGUAGUGAUGACGUUGUCAGAGAAAUCAGGGAUGAAAUGGUUGAUAGGGAGGUUCAAAAGUUUAGCCUGAUGGUAGCCGAAGUGAUGCAGGCAUUUUUGCGCUGGUUCAAUCCCAAACAAAAUUACGUCAGAGAUGACGUAGAUGCGGAUGAAUAUUUCAACAAUGACGUCAACAGUGAUGACAACAAUGGUGAUAACGUAAUAAAUAUAAAAGAUACAAUAAAGGAAUUGAAACGGAUCAAGAGAUGCCUGCAGAAAUACUCAGACACACAAAUGGAAGAUACGCUGGAUUGGGUCUCAUGUCUUUACGUCUGCAAGGAUCUUAAAGACAUUUCCAAAUCCGUACUUUCAUCUUUUCGGAAGAUUCCGGCUUGCAGUGACGUCAUGUGGAUUAGCGAUCUGGUCAUCAGACUUUUCGUGGACUUCGUUCAACUAUCUCACUGCUUCUUCGAUGUAUUGGAACCAACUAAAUUUCCAAUAAAAUUGGUGGAAGGGGACUUGCAAAGGAACGAAGUUCAUUUUCAAUUGUUCACUCCACCGGGUGUGCACUGCUACCCACCUAACCUGAUGAAGAAAAGUAGAAGGAGUGUGGUCAAAGACAUCGUGGCUUUCAAAUUCGGUCUGAAGGAAUACUGCAAGGUCCAGGUGGAGUUGUCAACGGACAACUACCUCUCCACGAUUGUUCUUCCAUACGCCAAUAUCAACAGGAAGGAGUUUAAUUUGACGGGCAGGCAGCCAAAAUGUCGAAGUGGUCAAUCAAUAAAUCAAGUAGCCGUUGAAGUUUACGAGGGUGGCGAGAAAGGGCAGUGUGGUGACCGAUACCUGAACACCACCUACAAAUGCGAAGGGGUAGAUAGGAUGACGGGUGGUUUAAACAUCACAAAUGCAAACUGGAAUCAUACUUUUGUUGCUCCUUUACAUGCAACUGUCGAUCACAAAUUAGAAAGAGUCAAAGAACUUGAUGUAAAUUUUACGUUAAAGAUGGUUGUCGAUGGUUUACGGCUGAAAGUAGCCGACAGAGAUUCAAAACUGAUUGGCAUAUGCCAGUCCAUAAACGAUCCGCACAUUGUGACUUUUGACAACGUGUACUACAACAACCUGUACCAUGGCUAUUUCACCCUCUACGAAAACCGAGAAUUGAACUAUGAGAAUGUUGACGAUGCUGAAAUAAUGAGUGCAACUUAUGACGACACAAGAAGUGAUGAAGGAGAUUCUCACAAUUUAAAAGUUACGCUCUACAUAAAAGGUGAAUUUAAGAAUGGGAUGAGGCUCUUCAAGAAAGAUGGUGGAUUGACUUAUCAGGUUCUUCUUCAUCAUGGGACGCUAGUGAACGUGAAAUCAAAUGGAAAAAGGUUUCUGAACGUCUGGCUGCAAGCUUCAGCUUAUGAUAGGGAACGAACUAGAGGACUUUGUGGGACAUUUAAUGACGUCACUGAUGACGAUCUGUUGCACUCUGACGGGAACCUGACGUCAAAUGGGACAGCCAGACGGAAUAUGCCGAAAAAGUUCAUUGAGUCAUGGAGAGUGCCAGAAGAUAGGAGGAUAUUUUACGGGAUAACACAUCGACAACAGCAACAAAACAUCAACAGCAACAACAACAACAGCAACAACAACAACAGCAACAACAACAGCAACAACAACUUCAAAUCAUAUUGUAGAUGCUCUCACUGUUUGCUCAAGAACGUUGCUUGUAGCUGCGGCAUUGGCCAACUUGUUGAAACGUGCGACCUCGAUCUAGGUACGGAGUUCGUAUUUCCAAACAUUACAAUGUUAAUGAAACAAAAUCCAUACCAUUACGACAAAGACAUUGUUAUCAAAAACACUAACAACAUCAACAACAACAACAACGACGACGAUCCAUUCAACGACGAAAUUGAUAUAGAUGAGAAUUUCAUACCGGCAGACAACUUAACAGGUAUAAACUCGAUAGCUAGGACAUACUGCAAACGUAUGCUACUCUUAGAAUCAAACUCAACAUUGUUGAAGACGUGCCAAUUGAUGGCUAAAUUAUAUCUCAAUAAUGGUGAUAACAGCUUGAGAGACGAUGAUAUCAACAACGAUGAUAUAGUGUUAAAUGGGUAUCAAAAAUUUGACGAUGCCAAUAAUGAGAGGUAUGAUACAGCCAUCAUGUCACCGGAGUUUGCCAAUGCAAUGAUGGAUUUGCUGGAGCCGAUUGCAGCAUAUCGCUGGCGUUACAUCUUCAACAAAAACUUUGUAUACUGUGAUGUCCGCUUUGAAAAUUGCUCAUUCGCAAUUCUCUACGGGAAGUAUUUUUUAGCCGACAACAACAACAACAACAACAAUUUUAACAAUAACAACAACAACAACAACAACAACUUCAACAAUAACAACAAUAAUAACAUAAACAAUAACAAUAAUAUGGAGAACAAAGGAAGCGAUCAUUCGCUGAUCUGCUCAGUGAAGCCCAUUCUUGAAACAGUUCUAGAUGAUGACCACUCAGGAAUCAGUUAUGACGUAAAAGUUGACGUCAUCAACAUCAAUCAAGCAGCUUGUCUUCUGCCGGCAUCUACAAUGUUUACAUCAACACCAUCAUCAUCUUCAUCAUCAUUAUCAUCAUUUUCAUCAUCAUCCUCAUCUUCAUCAUCAUUGUCAUCAUCCUCAUCAUCAUCGUCCACAUCGUCAAUAAAGAAAAACAAUAAACAAAGUUAUGAGAUAAGAGUAAAGGAUAAACAUUCAACUCAAUUCAAGACAUUCAAAUUCAUAGUCUUCGAUUCCGUCUGCAUGCGGUGUAAUUUUGAGGACGAAAUUGGCGGGAAAUGCGAGCGAAAAUUGGUAUCUUGA